UGCGUGUAUGUAUGAGUAGGUGUAUUCGUGUAAGGACCUUCAAAAUGAAAUAUAAGUAAGAAGCUAAGCGCGUGUCCAACAAACUUUCACUUGUGCAAACAGAGCCAGCAAAUUGAACAGUCAAGGCAUCCUUUAAUGUCCUUCCCGAAUGCGUGGGUGUUUUUUUUAAAGGCCUGCUGUUGUAAGCAGUUCUCUUAACUGUUGCAGUCUCAUCUGUGGCUGUUGUCCAAAUGUUGUCAAAAAUACCUUAGUGCGAAAUGUAAGCCGCGACAGGAUGAGCAGAGGAAAGAGAAGAGAUUGAUGUGAUAGCUGGAGCAGCUAAAAAACGGCUUCAUCGAAGCAUAUACAAAUAUAUAAAGGCAAUCUGUUAAGAUGGCCAUUAACGUACUCGGCUUAAAUCAUUAUGCCAUAAGCGCCAUUGUGGUCACCAGCAUGCAGCUAUUGUUCUUCCUUUUGAACGCUCUGCUUCACUUGGACAAAUUGUCGGACUUUGCCGGUGGUGUCAAUUUCAUUGUCAUCGCGCUGCUGACCUUUUUUCUGGGGCAAGUUGACCGCCCAUCGAAGGCCUAUGAAAGUCGACAGCUAAUGGUAACUGUAUUUGUGUGCCUAUGGGGCGUAAGGCUCUCUGGCUAUUUGCUAUAUCGAAUCAUUAAACUGGGCCGGGACAAGCAGUUCGAGGAUACGCGAAGUAACAUUAUACGCUAUGCAGUGUUUUGGACUUUUCAGGCUGUUUGGGUGUACAUCGUGUCGCUGCCUGUCAUAAUUAUCAACUCUCGUCACUCGCUGCCACAGGCGGUCAAGGGGAUGACGACUCUGGACUCUACCGGCACUGGUAUGUUUAUUGUCGGACUGCUGGCCGAGACCUAUGCGGACUUGCAGAAGUUUUCCUUUCGCAUGGAUCCAGCGAAUCAUGGCAAAUUUUGUAAUGAUGGGCUUUGGGGUCUGUCGCGGCAUCCGAAUUACUUUGGCGAGGUUGUCGUCUGGUGGGGUAUUUUUGUCAUAUCGCUAAAUGUGAUCAGUGGCUUUGAGUGGGUUGCAAUUGCAUCCCCCAUCUUUAUCACACUGAUCAUAUUAUUUAUGUCUGGAAUUCCGUUGCGAGAACGCAGCGCCGAUGAGAAGUAUAAAAACCAAAUGGAGUAUCGCAAGUACAAGGCGUCAACGUCACCACUGAUACCGGUGCCGCCGGCUGUCUAUGAGGAGGUGCCAGGCGCUCUUAAGUUCAUUCUGUGCUGCGAGUUUCCCAUUUAUGAUACGAUGCGACUGCACAAGGACACCAGUCCGUACUCGCUGUCCGUUGCGCACUCUCACUCGCACAUAUAGCAGUCAGUGGCUCACUCCAGCAGCGCGACUGCAGGAGUGGGUCAACAAGUGCAGACGCAUCCCCACACCCACACGCAUCCGUCGUCGAGUCAAACGCACCACCAGCAUAAGGGUCAGUGCUAUGGAGACUAUGGUGGCCUGGCGGAGCGACAUCAUAACUGUGGCGGCAGUUGUCGCAAUGUCAACGUCAAGUCGAAUCCUUAUCAGUGCGAGGCGGGCUAUGGCAAUUACGGUGAUGACGAUACGGAUGAUGGCAUUAUAUAUUGUGCGGGUCAGUCUGGCUCCAAGGCCAAGAUACACUAUUUUCAGGCAGCUCCACAUGCUGUCGAUUUGGAAACGGAUGAGCCGCACAGUAAACCUGCACUGAAGUGCAGCUACCUGGCGGAGGAGGAGCUGGCCUCCGACUAUGAUGAGGAUAUACCACCCAUCGAUCUGAGCAAGGUCAAUAGCGUGGAGAGUUUUGUUAAUCGUGUGCAGACAGAAACCGAGCAUUCCAUAAAUGCCGAGGGAAUGCCGGUGACUGUGACUACAAUAUUGUGAUUGUCACUUUAAGCUUUGUUGUUGUUGUGGUGAAAACCAAUUUAUAUAGUUUUCUUAAAAUAGCUCUAAAUGUGCUUAAGUGUGUUGGAGAUAUUUAAAUAUACCCCUUUAUCGAUGUGCUGAAGUUAUCUUACCCAGGCGAGCGCUAAAAAAUAUGUGCCAAAAAAAGUGAAAAGAAAACAACUACUUACAAAACAUGAGAACGCUGCAUUUUAUUAAUUGGAUAUUCGAUGCUCAAAUUACACUCUUUCAAAAUUAAUAAGCCUCUCUUUUUAUUAGUGAGAAAUUUAUUUAACUACUGUAUGAAAAUGUUUUCUUAUCAACUACACAAAUUCUAUGUAUGAAAAACACGCCCCACCUACAACAAAUAAAGUUAUGUAGCCAAGCUCGAGCGAUAUUUAAACAAAUACAUAUCCAAAGUUUUAUUUAUUUUAUUUUUUAUUUUCUUUCAUAGUCGAUAUGAACUCAAAAGUACAAGAAACUAGUUAUAUUUUAGAUAAAUAGUAGUCGGUCUAUAAGCUAUUUUAUUUUACACUUGCCGAAACU